CAGACUCCAAAAGAACCUCUAUAAAAAGCCUGAAUUUCAUUUGGAUACUUGAAUUGUGUGAGAUUCAAGUAAACAACGCAGAACGCCAAAGAGCGCCAAAAAUAUUCCACCCACUCCGGAGGUGGCCCGUAAAUGCUCGUAGCCUCGGAACUUCAACCCAAUCCAUGGCAACUCACCGACUCGCUUUGCUAAUCCAAAACCCUUCAAACGACGAUGAGUUUCUGCUCGUCAAGCAGUCUCGCCCUCCCAAAUUCAACGAUGAAGAGUACGACUCUUUCGUCGAUUCUGAUCUUUGGGACUUGCCCUCGGCGCUGUUGAAUCCGCUGCCUCCAGAAUCAGAGCCCUUUCUUCAGCUCGACGUUGCUGGCUCUCAUUCCGAAUCCGAGGGCUUCCAUUUCAGGGAAUUUGACAUCCGUUCGGCUCUCAAUGAGGUGUUUGGACAACUAGGGCUUCAGGCGGUUCAAGGAACAGAAUGGAAGUUCCAUAAAUAUGUGAAGGAACCUGCCUUUGGACCCGAUCUGCCCGUUAACACAGUUUUCAUUGUCGGAAAAUUGGUAGCAGCUGAAGAAAAGGACUUUAGAGAUUCAUAUAGAUGGAUAUCUGUUCAAAGCUGUCUUAACUGGAUUUUGGAAGUGAAACCACAUGGAGACCGGCUUGGACCAUUGGCAGUUGUUGGUCUUAUAAACAAAUCAUCUAUCUCUACAGGGUGGAAAGUCCCUCCAGCCAUAAACUAUCAGGAGUACCCACCCGGUGUUAUAAUUGUACCUAUGGGAAGUAGGACAUUAAUACCUUUUCGCAAGACAAAUUUGGUGGUGUUUGCACCUGAGAAUGUCCCAAAUGAUUCAGAGGAAAAUGAUUUUAUUGCACGGGGAGAUGCACUAAUAGUUGAUCCAGGAUGCUUACCAGAAUUCCACGGAGAGCUAAAGAAAAUAGUUACUGCCUUACCCAGACGACUAGUGGUCUUUCUCACUCAUCAUCACCAUGAUCAUGUAGAUGGUCUCUCAGUUAUCCAGAAGUGCAAUCCUGAUGCUACUUUGUUAGCACAUGAUAGGACCAUGCAUCGCAUAAGCAAAGAUGAUUGGUCACUUGGUUAUACCUCAAUUAAGGGAGAUGAAGACAUUAACAUUGGUGGUCAGAGAUUUAAAGCUAUUUUUGCACCGGGACAUACAGAGGGUCAUAUGGCACUGCUUCAUGUAAAUACUCAUUCCUUGAUUGUAGGUGAUCAUUGUUUGGGUCAAGGAAGUGCGGCAUUGGACAUAACAUCUGGUGGAAAUAUGUUUGAAUACUUCAAAACCACCUACAAAUUUCUGGAGCUUUCACCACAUGUUUUAAUACCAAUGCACGGGAGAUUUAAUCUCUGGCCAAAGCAUAUGCUGUCUGAAUAUCUGAAGAAUCGUAGGAGUAGAGAAACCGAUAUCAUGAAAGCAAUUGAAGGUGGAGCGAAAACAUUGUUUGACAUUGUUGCAUAUGUUUAUUCUGAAGUUGACCGACGAGCCUGGUUUGCUGCAUCAUCAAAUGUGAGGCUCCAUGUGGAUCAUCUAGCCCAGCAACACAAGUUACCAAAGGAUUUCUCUCUAGAAACUUUCAGUUCCAGUUUGGUUACAUUUGCUGACAAUGUGGGUAAACUAUAAGUAUGAACAGCUGCACUGGCUGGCUCGCUAACUUCCGAUCAGCUUCUUCCAUUGCAUUUUUUGAGAAAAUGUGUGGCUCUAUCCUUUAAGUUUAUUGUUUUCAUUGAAAUGGCCCUAGAUAAUGGGAACUCUAUGGAAUAAUUGUAUACAUAGGUAGCCCUUGUGUAAUAAUCAGGAGAAUUUGUUGUGAGAUUAGCUGUUAUUAUUUCGUGGAACUGACAGAACAUACUGCAUCUACCUUAGGAUUUUUCAAUCCAGAAGUUCAAAAGUAGCUGUGGGCUGCAUUUUCUAUCUCGAUGGAUGUGGGCUUACACUAGUGGUAGUUUAUUUCCAAUUGGGAAAUCUUCAUUUCUAAUUGCCGGUGUUCUGGCUGGCAUUGCAGUACUGUACUGUCGAAAGUAAGUUAAGUAAAUAAAAAGGCGUGCCUGCCUCUGUGGGAGAUUUAUAUUCUAUUUGCUUAGUGACACAACUUGUAUGUGAACUAGAGUUUAAAUUCGUGAACUUUGAUGUAACAUGCUAUGAUUAGUGGAGGAGUACUUUAAAACUUUA